UCUUGAUUCUUGUUUAAGAAUGCAUUCUGAUAGAUGGAAUUUGUUAUCUCCAAGUUUCUCGUUUCUUGUUUUGGCGUGUGCCUCUUUUACUUUCUCGCCUCUGGAAAAAAGACAAAACUAGAGCAGAAAAAUGGCGAUUUCCCUGGCGGCGGCGGUCCCAAGAAUGGUCGCAACAUCUUCCCCGUCUUCUUCAUUCGCCAAUUCUAAGCUGGCGAACUUCUCCUAUCUUCAGUUGCCCACUCAGCUCCAAAUUUCUGGGAUUGGAAACCAUUGCCUCAAGUCUAAGCACCGCCCAAGAACACUUACGCUGGUUGCGUCGAAGAAACAGACAUUCUCUUCCUUUGAUGAGUUGUUGGAAAAGUCUGAUAAACCAGUACUGGUUGACUUUUAUGCUACUUGGUGUGGUCCUUGUCAAUUCAUGGUUCCAAUUCUUGAACAAGUUAGUGCUAAAAUGAUUGACAAGAUCCAGGUAGUGAAAAUUGACACAGAGAAAUAUCCCAGCAUUGCGAACAACUACAGUAUAGAGGCAUUACCAACUUUCAUUUUGUUUAAGGAUGGGAAACCAUUUGAUCGCUUUGAGGGUGCAAUGGCUGCAGACCAGCUCAUCCAACGCAUCGAGGCUUCACUGCAAGAUAAGCAGUAGUGACGGCUCAUGUGCCUGCGCAUCUACAGUGAAAUGAAAUGGAGAAAGUAAGAUAUAUUGAAGUACCGGAAGAAACUGAUUACACUUGAAUCUUCUGAUGUGCAGGAUUUCAAUAUGAUUUAACAGUUGGGAGGUCAUUCACAUUGAAUGUUAUUGUUAUAUACACUUUAAAGCACAUUUCUUUUGUUGAAGGUUUAUAGCUGAAAAUUAAAGGACUAGUCCUUAAAAUUGUUGGAUUUGGCUUCUCAGUAACAAGGGAAGAGAUUCUGUUAACCGUUUCUAGGAGCUAGAAUGCGAACAUGUUAUGUAAUUUCUUCAUUGUAAAGUGCACCAUCUUCAAAUUUUAA